AUGCAGCGAUACGCUCUCAUUUUCAGAGUGAGGCUUCGCUGCAUAUUGUGGCACGAGCCGCAUUUCCAAGAUGCGAAUUUGAUCAAGCACAAGACGCUGUCCCAUCAUCACAAGAGAGAAGUGAAGGCGGGUGUCCUCCAAGUUGCGCGUCAGGUUACCAUCAAGGCAACCCAUUCUCUCUCCCGCUAUACCUUCCCACCCUGGUCCGUUUUCAGAAUCCCGUUGCCUAACAAUGCCCCCCGGUCUGCCAGCUCAGCCUUUCCAGCCCGGAGUGGAGCCCCGCCCAAGCCGCGACAAGGCAGCAGAAUUCCGGCCAACAAAGGACAAGUCUACAAACGAGCCCAACUACAAAAAACAAAAUCCAUCUAUAAAGACACCUACGACGGCCAUUUUCUUUUAACUGUUUUCCAUCAUUGCUUCCCUCUUGCUUCGUCGUGGAUUGCUUGCCCCCCGCCUCCCAUUAUGACGCCGUCCGCCCACCUCCGUGGCGGCCCCGCCCCGACGCCGUGCAACCCAGCAUCAUCCCCGACGGGCUUCUCGUCUCUCCCGACGGAGCUGCACUCGCUCGUCGCCCAGCACCUGUCCUACCCGGACGCCCUCUCGCUCAAGCAGACGAGCCGGCACUUUCGCGCCCUGGUCCGCACCGGCGCCGCGCUCAAGGUCGAGUGGCUGCUCGAGCGCCGCCGCCUGCACCUCGACUGUCCCAACAGCCGCAGCUGCGAUUUAGGCAGCGACUUGCGAUUCUGCCGCGGCAGCGUUCAGUGCGUUUUUGUUCUAUAUCUUAAGUAUGCGACUGAAAACUAUUUGCUAAUUGUUCAUUGGUUUAUGAAAAGGCUCCUGAUGAGGGCCCGCAGAAAACACUUUGAGUGCGAGUCCCGUCCUGGGCUCGGCUGUCUGGUCUUUGACACGCCCAAGUGCCGCCACAGACCCAGAGGACUGCGAUGGCUGACGCGAUGGGUCACGAUACGAUAUGAGCCUAUUUUGUUUUGUAUACCACUCACAAUCAUCAUCCACCUGUUGAUUCUUUACUUGCCGAUUUGUGUCCUAGUGACAGGACACGCUGGCCGAUGGGCGGCAAACGCGGUCGGCUGGACUGGAAAGCAGACAUGUUUCAGCGCUUCUGCUGUUCAGAGUACCUAG